AUGGCCAUGGCAAGCUUGGCUCGCCGCAAGGCUUACGCUGUCGUCUCUUCAUCCAGGUCAUCAAUUUUCCUCACAAGUUUCAGGGGAUUCGCCUCCGGAUCUGACCAAAACGAAGUCGUCGUUAUCGGCGGCGGUCCUGGCGGCUACGUCGCCGCCAUUAAAGCCGCGCAGUUGGGUCUCAAAACCACCUGCAUCGAAAAGCGUGGAACUCUGGGCGGCACCUGUCUCAACGUCGGAUGCAUCCCUUCCAAGGCCCUUUUGCAUUCUUCUCACAUGUACCAUGAGGCUAAACACGCAUUUGCCAACCAUGGGGUCAAGUUUUCAUCCGUCGAGGUUGAUUUGCCAGCCAUGAUGGCCCAAAAGGAUAAAGCUGUUUCUAAUCUUACCAAGGGUAUUGAAGGCCUGUUCAAAAAAAACAAGGUAAGCUAUGUCAAAGGUUAUGGCAAAUUUGUUUCACCAUCCGAAGUCUCUGUGGACACCCUUGACGGUGGAAACACUGUUGUGAAAGGCAAGCAUAUCAUAAUUGCCACUGGCUCGGAUGUGAAAUCUCUACCUGGAGUCACUAUUGAUGAGAAGAAAAUUGUAUCAUCAACGGGGGCUCUUGCUUUGACUGAAAUCCCCAAGAGACUCGUGGUCAUUGGGGCAGGCUACAUUGGGCUAGAGAUGGGCUCAGUAUGGGGCCGACUUGGCUCUGAGGUAACAGUUGUUGAAUUUGCAUCAGAUAUUGUUCCAACCAUGGACGCGGAGGUCCGGAAGCAGUUUCAGCGUUCUCUUGAAAAGCAAGGCAUGAAAUUCCAGCUGAAGACAAAGGUUGUUGGAGUCGAUACUUCUGGGGAUGGUGUGAAGCUAACACUUGAACCAGCUGCUGGUGGUGAUAAGACUACACUUGAAACAGAUGUUGUCCUUGUAUCUGCGGGUAGGACUCCGUUCACUGCUGGACUUGGGUUAGACAAGAUAGGAGUUGAAACUGACAAGGUAGGACGGAUUUUGGUAAAUGAAAGAUUCGCCACAAAUGUCUCUGGUGUCUAUGCAAUUGGGGAUGUAAUUCCGGGCCCAAUGUUGGCACAUAAGGCAGAAGAAGAUGGGGUUGCUUGUGUUGAAUACAUAGCUGGUAAGGUUGGCCAUGUAGACUAUGACAAAGUCCCAGGUGUUGUCUAUACAACCCCCGAGGUUGCAUAUGUUGGGAAGACAGAGGAGCAGGUGAAGGCACUUGGAGUUGAAUACCGCGUUGGCAAAUUCCCGUUCAUGGCUAACAGCAGAGCCAAGGCAAUUGAUAAUGCUGAAGGACUAGUGAAGAUAUUGGCUGAGAAGGAGACAGACAAGAUAUUGGGAGUGCACAUUAUGGCACCCAAUGCAGGAGAGCUCAUUCAUGAAGCCGCAAUAGCAUUGCAGUAUGAUGCAUCAAGUGAGGACAUUGCACGUGUGUGCCAUGCACAUCCAACAAUGAGCGAGGCUGUGAAAGAAGCCGCAAUGGCCACUUAUGACAAGCCCAUUCACAUAUGA